AUGGCAAAAAUGUACAUGAAAUCCAAGGAUAUGGUGGAGCUGGUCAGCACACAAUCCUGGAUGGACAAAGGUCUGAGUUCUCAAAAUGAAAUGAAGGAGCAAGAAAGAAGACCAGGUUCUUAUGGAAUGCUUGGAACCUUAACUGAAGAGCAUGACAGUAUUGAAGAGGAGGAAGAAGAGGAGGAAGAUGGAGAUAAACCUAAAAGAAGAGGUCCCAAGAAAAAGAAGAUGACUAAAGCUCGCCUGGAAAGGUUCAGGGCUCGAAGAGUCAAGGCCAAUGCAAGAGAACGGACCCGGAUGCAUGGCCUGAACGAUGCCUUGGAUAAUCUUAGGAGAGUCAUGCCAUGUUACUCUAAAACUCAAAAACUUUCCAAGAUAGAGACUCUUCGACUGGCAAGGAACUAUAUCUGGGCCUUGUCUGAAGUCCUAGAGACUGGUCAGACACUUGAAGGGAAGGGAUUUGUGGAGAUGCUAUGUAAAGGUCUCUCUCAGCCCACAAGCAACCUGGUUGCUGGAUGCCUCCAACUGGGGCCUCAAUCUGUCCUGCUGGAGAAGCACGAGGAAAAAUCUCCAAUUUGUGACUCUACUGUCUCUGUCCACACCUUCAACUAUCAGUCUCCAGGGCUCCCCAGCCCUCCUUAUGGCCAUAUGGAAACACACCCUCUCCAUUUCAAGCCUCAACCAUUUAAGAGUUUGGGAGACUCUUUUGGGAGCCAUCCACCUGAUUGCAGCACCCCCCCUUAUGAGGGCCCACUCACACCACCCCUGAGCAUUAGUGGUAACUUCUCCUUGAAGCAAGAUGGCUCCCCCGACUUGGAAAAAUCCUACAACUUCAUGCCACAUUAUACCACUACAAGUUCAGGGCAUGUGCACUCAACUCCCUUUCAGAAUGGCACUCCCCACUAUGAUGUUCCUGUAGACCUGACCUAUGAUUCCUAUUCCCACCAUGGUAUUGGAACUCAGCUCAAUACAAUCUUCUCUGAUUAG